AUGUCAGCGGGGGUUCCACCGGCCAAAGUCGCCGUGUUUUUAGGCUUAUGUGUGUUUAUGUUUAUCAGCUUUACAUUGUAUACAUUUGUGGAUUCUAAUGCUGCAGCACGAAGCAGUUUGCUUAACCAGAACGUAAGUUAUUUUGUUUUUGUUUCUGAUUUUAGGUUUUUCAUGGAUAACAUCGGGAAAUGUUUAAAUUUUGCGUCUAUUUGAGCUGAAACUUUGGUAAAUGGUAUUUAUUAUGAUGGGCAGUAAAUUCUGAAGGUUUUAACGUAUAAUUUGAUGCAUAGACAUUGAGUUUAUUUGCUAGAAAAUUAUUUUUCAGGGCGGAUCAGUGGAUUUAUUGAAAGCAAAAGUGAAAGAACUUCAAAACAAAUUAAAUCAUAAUGAAGUGAUUGUAAAAGAUUUGAAUAAUCGUUUGAAUGCUUACAAUGUUCAUCAACCGGAUGUUAAGGAUGGAAACAAUGAGCCUAACAUUGGUAACAAUGAACCAAAACAAAUUCCACAACCUAAAGACAUUCCAGCCGGUGGAGAAAGUGUCGUGAAGAAUAUAGUUAACUCACAACAAUGUCCAAACACUAAUGCUAAGAGUGAUAUUCAAGUAAGACUUUUUUAUUGUUUUAAAUGUGAAAAGAAAUGGUUUUGAAGCUUGUUGUUAUUAAAAAAAGAAAGUUUUUUACUCAACAUUUAAAAAAAAAACUUUUAUAACCUAAAAGUUAAAAAAUAGCUUCGACAUUUAAAUAUUUAGAUGCUGGACGUGUACGACGAACUAAAGUUUGACAAUCCGGACGGUGGAGUUUGGAAACAAGGGUUUGAUAUAAAGUAUGAUAAGAAAAAGGUUCAAGAAGAAAAGAAACUUGAAGUUGUGGUUAUACCUCAUUCCCAUUGUGACCCAGGUUGGCUACAGACGUUUGAAGGCUACUACAAGGCUCAGACUAAGAAUAUCUUGGAUGGUAUGGCCACUAAUUUAGCCGAAAAGCCUGAUAUGAAGUUUAUUUAUGCUGAAAUGUCAUUCUUCGAACUUUGGUGGUCAGAACAGUCAGAAAGCACCAAAGAGGCGGUCAAAGGGUAGGAUAACAUUCUUUUUCGAUAUUCUUUACUUUACAGGUCAAAAAGUUGAUGGAACAUUUUUUGAUCAAAAAUAUUUUAAAUUUUGUAAUUUUUUAAAUUUUAGGUAACAAAAUUAUUUUUUUAGCUUUCUCAAGUCCGGCCAAUUGGAAAUAGUGACUGGAGGCUGGGUAAUGACAGAUGAGGCCAAUGCUCAUCUCUAUUCAAUGGUAAUGGAGCUGUUUGAAGGUCACGAGUUCUUGGAUACCCAAAUGAAUUACAAACCGCGAUCUCAUUGGAGUAUUGAUCCAUUCGGUUUGAGCUCAGUCUUGGCUCAGGUAACGAAAUCUGCCAACUUAACUCAUAUGGCAGUACAAAGGGUUCAUUACUCUGUAAAACGCUAUUUGGCCGAAAGGAAGCAACUCGAGUUCAGAUGGCGACAACUUUAUGCUGGUGAGUUCAUAUAGGGAUUGUCUAAGUAAAAUUUUAGGUUUAAAAAUGAAUUUUAGGCUUAAAAAUGAAAUUGUAGGUUUUAAACUACAGUUUAGGCUUAACAACUGAACUUUAAGUUUAUAACUACAUUAUCAUACUUCAGGCGACUCACCCCGCACAGACAUCCGAACCCACAUGUUUCCCUUCUACUCAUACGAUGUUCCACACACUUGUGGACCAGACCCAUCAGUUUGUUGCACUUUCGACUUCAAACGACUAUCAGCUCAUGGCUGUCCAUGGGACAAACAACCGAAGCGAAUCAACAGUAAGAACGUUGCCUCGAGGGCAGAAAUGUUAUAUGAUCAGUACAGAAAGAAGGCUCAAUUGUACGGACUAAAUGUACUACUGGUACCACUUGGAGACGAUUUUAGGUACGAUACUGAAGUGGAAUGGACUGAACAGUACGAAAACUACAAAAAACUGUUUGAGUACAUGAAUUCGAAGAGCGAUUGGAAUGUUCAUGUGGGUUUUGAAGUUUUAAAAUUAUAAAAAAAUUUAAAACAAAAUUUUUGUUAAGUAUUUCCCGGUGCAGACGCCCGUUUUGUGAUAAAGCCAUAGAUAAUAAUUGAAUUUUCAUUUUCAGGCACGAUUUGGAACACUGGCUGACUAUUUCAAGCUGAUGGACGAGCGUUUGGCUGAAGAAACUGACACUGAUAAGCAAGACUUACCCAUUUUAAGUGGAGAUUUCUUUACUUAUGCUGAUCGAGAUGAUCAUUAUUGGAGCGGUAAGGCUUUUAUAAUUGAAAAUUUGUUACCUAAAAUGGUUUUAAAAAAAUGAAAAGAUAACUUUUGUUACCUAAAAUAACAUUAAAAGGCGUUUUUUUUACUUUUUGUUACCUAAAUAAUAAUAAGAAAAAGACGUUUUUUGAAAUUUUUGAGUUUGAUUAUAUGGAAAAUAACCUUUUUAAGACUUUUAUUACCUAAAAUAAUCUAAAAUUCAAAAUUUAGGCUAUUUCACCUCUAGACCCUUCUACAAGCACAUGGAUCGAUCAGUAGGUCAUUAUGUAAGAGCAGCUGACGUUACCUAUUCUCUGGCUGUAUGGAAGGCCAAAACCAAUAAUGACUUACCUGAAGCACUGAAACAAGCUUAUAAUCGACUGGUCGAUGCUAGGAGAGCCAUGUCACUGUUCCAACAUCACGAUGGAGUUACCGGAACGGCCAGGGAUAGUGUUGUCAUUGAUUAUGGCAAAAAGUAAGUUUUAUUUGAAAAAUUGUAUUUUAGGUAACAAAUUGAGAAAAAUAUAUAUUUUAGGUAACAGGUUUACUUACUUUUUUAUAUUUUCAGAAUGUUGGAAGCCAUUGAAGACUGCAAAGCAAUCAUUCAACAAUCAACUGCAUACCUCCUAAAACUCCCAUCCUCAGCCGGCCUAACUGUCGAUACCAAACACUACCUCGACAAACUUCCAGAAAACAUUGAAGUUGAUAUUGGCAAUGUAAUCAUCCUUCAAAACUCAUUGGCAUUCAAAAGAAGCGAAGUCAAUUGCAUCACUGUCACCUCCAACAAGGCCAAAGUAACCAAAUCAGACAGUUCAGAGGUGAAACAACAAAUUCAACCGGUCGUUAAAGUCACAAAUGGCAAGAUAAGUGUUGUGGAAGGCAUGUUUGAACUAUGUUUUGUCGCAGAAGUACCAGCCUUGGGAGCUGCGAAGUACAGUGUGGAAGAGGGAGACCAGGUGGAGAUGGUGAAGAUCGAAGGGUCAAGUGGGGUGGAUUUGAGGUGGGUUUUUGGACAUUUUUGGGGGUGUCGAUUGGAUUUAUGUAGCGUAUGGUAGGAAUUAAUGCGAGGGUGUUUUUGGCCUUUGAAGGAGGGGUUAGACCCGAAAAAAUGCUCACUAGGCCAUGCCGAAGCAAUUUUGGAAAUAGACGGGCCUUGAUCUGAGGUCUACUAGGGCCUAACUCAAGGUUUUAUAGGCUAUACAGUGGAACUUCUGUAUAAAGAUUCGCUUCAUUUUUCUUUUAUUGUAUCGUUUCAAAAAAAUUUUUUUGUUUAAACAUAUAUUUUUAUCUUUAGUGCUUUCCCAAGUGCCAAUACAGUACAAGGAAGUGAAGUUUUGUUGUCGAACGCAGCCGUUACAGCCUCUUUUGACGCUGGAACUGGAAUGUUAAGGUCAAUAAAGACGAGGAAUGGAGAAACAGUUGAAAUGAACAUGGAGUUUGUUCAUUAUGGAGCUAGGGGACGGCAUUGGAGUGGGUCUUUCUAUUUUAAAAAAAAAUUUAUUUUUUUACUUUAUGACAAUUUUUGUUAUAUAAAUUUAAAAUAACAAGCUAUAUUAAGUUUAAACAAAGUUUUGUUGCAAUUUAUAAGGUUAAAAUUUUUAGCCAAAAACCAAGGCGGAGACUCCCUAUCAGGAGCAUACCUCUUCUUACCAGAUGGCAAUGCCAAGCCUUUGGCUCAACACAACAACAAGUUCAUUAAAAUGGCAGGACCAGUAAGGUCAUCUCUCUUGAUCCAAGGCCUGCAAGAAGCUCAAUUACUGCAAGAAAUUAGACUAGAUGACAACACAGAGUACUUGGAGAUCAUCAACAGUGUCAAUAUCACAACGCAAAGCAAUUUCGAAUUGGCCAUGAGGAUAAAAUCAAAAGAUUUCGCUGAUAACGACGAGUUCUACACUGAUUUGAAUGGGCAGCAGGUAAGGUUGAAUAAGUUUUUACGGGGUCCUCUCUGUGGACUUUUUUCAAUUUUUUUAAUGUAGGGGGCACGCUACCCCAAGUCGACCGAUCAGUCAAAGUAGAGAUUCGUAAUCGAUUCCUUUUUCCGAUAAUUUGUUUCAUUUCGUUUUUCGUUUUUUUUUUGUUUUUUGGUCGGUUUUUUCGCCUGAUAUUCAAACUUUUUCUACUAUUUUGACCAAAAUGUAGCAGAAAAUAAUGGUAAAUUUCAACAGAUAAAGGAUGUACAUUUAAAAAAUAUAUGAUUUUUGUUAUUUCACAAAUGAGAAUUGUUUCAUAAAAGUUUUUUUACAUUUUAGCUUUUAAUUUUAAAACCAACCGUGAUGCGGCGAAAUGUCAAAAAAGGAAAUAAUUCGUUUUCUAUUGGUUCAGAGUGGCGUGGGGGGCAAAAAAUGGUUUUUUUAUUCAAUUUUUAUAACCACACCUGUAAUUUUAAAAUAAUGUUUUAAACUACAGAUGAUCCGUCGCAAACGCUACGAAAAGCUGCCGAUCCAAGCCCAGUUUUACCCAAUGCCAGGCGCGGCCAUGCUCCAAACCAAAACCAAAAAGUGGUCAGUGCUGGGCAGACAAGCUCUCGGCGUGGCUAGUCUUGAGCCAGGAUGGAUGGAAAUCAUGUUGGAUAGGAGAUUAGAUCAGGAUGAUGACAGGGGACUGGUUCAGGUAGGAUAAUAUCGGGGGUUUGGAAGUUUUUGGUCUAAAAAUUAAGGACUUGGAAAAGGGUAAUUUUAUAUUGGUUUUUAGGGCUUUUUGUGAAAUUUUUUUGACUUUUAAGUUUGGAAUUUUUGUUUAGUUUUGAUUUUUUUUUAAAUUUAAAUUUUUUUUUGAAAUUUGGAUUUUUUUGAAAAUAUUUCAAUUUUCAGGGCGUUCAAGACAACAAACGCACAGAAUCAAGAUUCCGCCUUCUGGUAGAGCCAACACAACUUACUGCUCCAGAAUCUACAAGAAAAUUGGGCUUCUUGUCACUCCAAGGCCACCAAAGCAGUCUAACACUACAUUACCCACUAAUAACCAUGGUCACGAAGGAAGAAGCCACAAACUCAUUGCCAGACACAUAUAGUCCUCUCAAGAAGAGCCUACCAUGUGAUGUACAUAUACUGGCGUUGAGGAAUUACGGCGAAAAGACGACGUACUCAAGCAGUGGAAAGAGUACCGUGCCAAAGAAUGAAGCUGCAUUGAUAUUGCAGAGAUUGGGCGUGGAAUGUGGAGAAAGCAGGGUUGGAGGGGACUGUGAGGUCUAUAAUGGAAAGGUGGGUUUUUUGAUUUUGGCAUAAAUCUCAUAGUCUUAGUUUUUUUUAAUUUUAAAAUUUAUUUUUUUUUUGAAAUUACGAAAGUUUUUUAUUUUUUUUAAUUUGGAAAACAUCUAAAACUAUUUUUCAGCUCGAUAUAACCGAAUACUUCGCCGACACCCCCACCCGCCUUAAUCCCACCUCAUUAACUAACCUAGACCAGCAGGAGUCUAAAACCCCUCACCUAGUCCAGCUGGAGCCAUACGAUUUAAAAACCAUUAGUAUCAAAUACUAG